GGGUACUCCUUUUUUUUAGUAAUCAAAAUCUUUGGCUUUAGCUUUAUUGCCCCAAUCCUAUGUUUCCAAUAUCUUACUUGGAAUUUCCUUCAAAUCCCGUUUCUCUUUCCCUCUCAAUUCACUCUUUAAUUCUUUCUCAAGAUAUUCUUUAUGUGAUAUUCACUUUUUAUGAGUCAUUUAGUUCAGGAACAAGCUUUCUAUGCAUCUUUCAAGUAGGUCAGUGACUUUAUUUGGCUCGUAUUUUGCUUCUUAUGGCACCAAACAACAGACAUAUCUACAACCUCGGAUUUCAAGCUCUUUCCCCCAUCAUAGAUCAGCAAAAUCCAACUAAUUAUCAGCCUCCCUUGCCAACUUCAGACCCUGCCUUUCCUAUAUUUGCCAUAGCUGUGGUAAGCAUCAUGGGUACAGCUUUCUUGCUAGUUUGUUAUUAUAUCUUUGUGAGCAAAUGCUGCAGCUCUAACUGGCACCGAUUUAAUCUCCUAAGGCGGAUAUCUUUGUUUCGAGCAAGACAAGAGGAAGAUACGUUCAUUGCUUUCUCUCCUACAAUUUGGAAUCGCGGGCUUGAUGAAUCAGUCAUUCGAGAAAUCCCAACUUUUCAGUUCAAAAGAGAAGGUGAUGAGAGAAGUAUCUAUGGUUGUGUGGUUUGUCUGAACGAGUUUCAAGAGCAUGACAUGCUUAGAGUUCUUCCCAACUGCAGCCAUGCAUUCCACUUAGAUUGCAUUGAUAUAUGGCUCCAAAGCAACGCCAAUUGUCCUCUUUGCAGAACAAGCAUUUCAGGCACUACGCGCUAUCCGAUCAAUCAAAUCAUUGCACCUAGCUCUUCGCCUCAAGACUCACAGCCAUACACUGAUAGCCUGAUGGGUGGAGACGAGGAUUUUGUAGUGAUAGAAGUUGGAGGAGACGAUGAAGGUGCUCUACUACCACAUAGGCAACGAGAAAGAGACAAUUCAAGAGAAGCAUUGACGCAGUCGCAGCCUAGAGGUCAAUCACCAAAAAAGCUGGAGCGGAAGCCCGGGAACUUAAAAUCAAGAAAGCGCCACCACCUCUCAAUUAUGGGAGAUGAAUGCAUUGAUGUUAGACAGAAAGAUGAUCAGUUCUCGAUCCAACCUAUAAGGAGAUCUUUCUCAUUAGAUUCUGCUGUGGACCGACAGCUUUACUUAUCUGUUCAAGCCAUUGUUCAACAAAACAGGCAUCCUGGAGAGAUUAAUGCUACUGAAGAGUGCAGUAAUAGAGCUCGGACAUCUUUAUUUCCAUUUGGACACUGCCGGAGACCCAGAAACGUGGUACUUCCUGUUGAAUUUGAUUUAUAAUUAGAAAUUGCUUAAAUUUAAUUUUGGUUGUUUAUUUGUUUGGAGUUGGAAAUUUGUGUGAGGCAAAUGAGUAUAACAGAAAAAGAAAGCUCAGAAGAGUGUAGAGUGACUUUUCACUGAUAUUGUAUAUGAUGAAAAAAAAAAAAAGGUGCUUACGGAAAAUGCAGGCAUGGGUGUGAAAAUCAUGCUUAAGGCACUAUGUGCGGAUAGGAUUUGAUUUCAUUAUAUUUGGAGUUAUUUCUCUUCAUGAAUGACAAUGAUUGCUUCCAUGCGCUUCUGUUUAGAGUUUUAGAGAGAUAGUGAGGAGAAGAAAAGGCAAGAGGGGCAUUAAAUGGAAGCCAAAGUUAAGGCCCCAACAAUGAGUAACUUCAACUCCACAAGUUAGAGCAAUGAAGGUCCUUUAGCAAUGAUCACCGACUUCUUUUAUCUUGUAGUAGUAAUUAUUUUGCUGCUGCUGAGCAGAAGGAAUGAUUUGGUUCAAGUUUAAUUAAUCAAAAUUUUCUUCUUACACGAUUAAUUAUGCCAUUAUUUUGAGCUAAAGACAAUAAUACUCAGAGUGCGACCAGUCGGGGAAGUGUGGCUAAAUGCUCAAAUCACGAUCGCAUUGUUCAACUCGGUCACUACCAUGAGCUUCCUUGAAGCUGACAGAGCAACGUAUCACCACCUGUGAUGAGACUCAAAUUCAGGGGCACACAGUAAUCAGACUUUACAGUGUUUCUUCUUACGUGCAC